AUGGCUUCCUUGGGGAGCUCAGCAUCCUGGGCCCGAGGCUUCGCGCCCCGGUUAUUCAAGGAUUCCUUCACCUGUCGCCAAUGCCUACGUACUCAGAAUUAUGCGACCAAAUCCGCUUUCCGUAGACAGUUAGCCGGCCUAUCCUUCGCUCAGUCUGGCCAGAGAGCCAAUCCUACGAUCCUGAACUCGAAGACUAGACAAUUUUUCUCGCAGAAUCUGAGAAGAUCGGUUUCGUCAUCUACGGUUGCCAAUGCUGCAGAGGAAGGCGCGACAAAAGCGAAGUCGAGCUUUCCGCAGGUUAGCGAUAAAUCGGUUGCGUACUGGCUGCUAGGCAGUGCGGUCAGUGUGUUUGGUAUUGUGAUCUUUGGUGGUUUGACUCGAUUGACGGAAUCAGGGUUAAGCAUCACGGAAUGGCGUCCCGUCACCGGCUCCCUCCCUCCCAUGAACGACGAAGACUGGGAAUCUGAAUUUUCAAAAUACCGCGAAUCCCCCGAAUUCAAGCUCCUAAAUCCGCACAUGACCCUCUCCGAAUUUAAGUCGAUCUACUACAUGGAAUGGAUCCACCGUAUCUGGGGCCGCUUCGUCGGUCUGUCGUUCAUCUUCCCCGCUAUCUACUUCGUCGCCCGCAAGAAAGUCAGCAAGCCAAUGGCUCUGCGUCUUGCUGGAAUCGCCGGUCUCAUUGGAUUUCAAGGAUUCAUUGGCUGGUGGAUGGUCAAGUCGGGAUUGAAAGAUGAUCUGUUCGCUCCCGGUAGUCACCCUCGUGUCAGCCAGUACCGUUUGACGGCACACCUGGGUGCAGCAUUCGUCUGCUAUGUUGCUAUGCUCUGGAACGGUCUUGCAAUCUUGCGGUCUCGUCGACUCAUGGUGGAUCCGGAGGCUGGAAUUAAAACGCUCGAGGCACUUCGUGACCCCCGGCUCAAGCUGUUCCGUCGUUCCGUUGCUGGUCUGGCUCUCCUUGUCUUCACCACGGUCAUCUCUGGCGCACUCGUUGCUGGUCUCGAUGCUGGUCUGAUCUACAACGAAUUCCCGUACAUGGGCAAUGGCUUCGCUCCCCCCAAGUCCGAGCUGUUCGAUGAACGGUACUCCCGCCACGAAGACAGAUCCGACCUCUGGUGGAGAAACAUGCUCGAGAACCCCUCGCUCGUCCAGCUCGACCACCGCAUCCUGGCAACCACCACCUUCACCAGCAUCAUGGCCCUGUGGGCAUACUCCCGAAAAUCCCCCACAAUGAAGAAGCUACUUCCACCGGCCGCAAAAAAGGGCGUUCACGGCGUUGUCGCAUUUGCGUUCAUGCAGGUUGGACUCGGUAUCUCAACUUUGCUCUACCUCGUCCCUAUUCCUCUUGCCUCGGCGCACCAGGCUGGUAGCUUGUUCCUGUUGACCUGGGUUAUGGUUCUGGGGAGCCGGGUCUGGCACCCCUCGAGGACUGCGAAGUUGUUGCAGAUGGCUGUUAAGGCUCGUGGGCAGCAGUUUUCGCAGGCGGCUGCUCACGCGGCUAAGAGGGUAUAG